GACGCGGACGUUGGACAACUCACGAUGGGCGCAUCCCAGUCAAAACCAGGCGACGACGACGUCGUCUUCAGAAACGAGACUCCCGUUCAGUUUUCGCAGGAUGUCGUCGACCAGCUGGCCUCGCGUGCCGAGUCCUCCGAGACGACGCCCGAGCGGCAGACGAGCCUAGAUGCGCACAUUCGCGCGCGCAUGCAUACGGAGCUCGAGCGGCUGCGCCAGGAGGAGCAGAGCGUCAUUGAGCAGAUUGAGAGCGCGCUUGAGAAGGAAAAUCUCGACCGUGAGCGCGCGGGUCUCUCGUCACGCACCGAAGCCGACGGCGAGAGUGAAGGCGGAGAGGCGAAGGAGGGCGGCGAGCUAGAGAUCAAGAGCAGUGCGACGGUGAUGGGCGACCUCGAGGAGGUGAGGGCAAAGGUGGACAAGUACCAGGCGCGGAAGUCGCUGGAGGAUCUGCCGGAGGUGAAGGCUGCGGGUGACGCUGUUUUUGAGUGCUACAAGUCGAAUCCAAGUACGCCGCUCGACUGCUGGUCGCAUGUCAGCGCAUUCAAGGCUGCUAUUGCGGACGCCGAGUCGAAAUAUCUCAGUUCGCUCCGGUAGCUGGCAUCCCUGCGAUACAUCUGUUUAUUCGACACUACACCUAGAUAUUACCUGCAAUACACC